GGAAAAAAAACAUUGAACAACCUGACAUACAUGCCCUCCAAACAUAGAAUUCCUACCAGACAGAAGAGUUAAAAGUGGAUUUGAGAUAAUCAAUGAUUGUUCUAUUUGAUAGCCAUGUCCCGACCAAGUAGUCGUGCGUGGUAUUUCUCCAUCCGAAGCUUCACCUCCAGCUCUCAUCUCCCAUCUUCUUGCACGCCUCACAAAGCCAAUGACCUUCUCAACGAGGUUCGCAUCCUAUCCACGAGCGGCCACAUUGACCAAGCUCUCUCCCUCUUUUACAAUGCAUCACUGCCGCCACUCCCAUACUCUGAACAAACCUACACCGCUCUCUUUCAUGCAUGUGCACGCCACGGAUACCUUCAACAAGGCAUUAAUUUACACCAACACUUGCUUUCUAAUAACAAUAACUCCAAUCACGAACUGGGUGUCUUUGUAACUAACCAUUUGAUCAACAUGUAUGCGAAAUGCGGGAGUUUAAAUUAUGCGCGACAACUAUUCGAUGAAAUGCCUGACAGAAAUGUUGUUUCUUGGACUGCUCUCAUUUCUGGGUACGCGCAACAUGGUCAUGUUUAUGAGUGUUGUAGUUUGUUUUCUUGUAUGUUGAAGCACUGCCAGCCGAAUGAGUUUGCGUUUACGAGUAACCUUACUUGUUGCGACUAUGUACAUGGCAAGCAGGUUCACGGUCUUGCUAUGAAAAUGGGAUUGGAUGGUACUGUUUAUGUUGGAAAUGCUCUUAUUUCAAUGUAUGGUAAUAAUGGUGAUAUAAAUGAAGCUUGGACUGUGUUUCAGAAUUUGAAAAUUCGUAAUAUUGUUUCUUGGAACUCAAUGAUUGCGGGGUUUCAGGUUAGGAAACUUGGGGCUCAAGCUCUUCAUCUUUUUAGCCAAAUGCAUAGAAAUGGAAUUGGGUUUGACCGUGCCACGUUGCUUAGUGUAUUAUCUUCAUUGACUGAAGGCUGUAUUCAUAGCCAUGAUGUGGGUUGGGAUUUUUGUUUUCAGCUGCAUUGUCUUAGUAUCAAAAGUUCCUUUCUGUUGCAAGUUGAAGUUGUGACGGCAUUCGUGAAAGCUUAUUCUGAUCUUGGCGGAGAGGUUACUGAUUGUUACAGCCUUUUCUUGGAGAGUUCUUGUUGUCGCGAUAUUGUUGCGUGGACUGGGAUUAUAACAGCAUGUUCUGAACGACAACCUGAAGAAGCUCUCUUCCUUUUUCGUCAGUUGCGAAGGGAAUACUUGGCUCCAGACUGGUAUACAUUUUCAAGUGUGUUGAAAGCUUGUGCAGGUCUAGGGACUGAGAGGCAUGCCAUGGUGAUUCAUUCCUUAGUAGUUAAAGCUGGGUUCGAGGGUGAUGCAGUGCUUGACAACGCCUUGAUCCAUGCCUAUACAAGGUGUGGCUCCAUUUCUUUGUCCAAACAAGUUUUUGAUGAAAUGGGAUCUCGUAAUUUAGUUUCUUGGAACUCAAUGCUGAAGGCAUAUGCCCUGCAUGGCCAAGCUAAGGAGGCACUGCAUGUCUUUUCUGAAAUGAAUGUCCGUCCUGAUUCUGCUACUCUUGUAGCUCUCCUUUCAGCAUGUAGCCAUUCUGGGUUGGUGGAGAAAGGUAUUGAAAUCUUUGAGUCAAUGUCUGUCAAUCAUGGUAUUUUUCCACAAGUAGAUCAUUAUGCUUGUAUGGUUGAUAUUCUCGGGCGAGCUGGACGUGUUGUUGAGGCAAAUGAACUUAUAAGCAGAAUGCCAAUGAAGCCCGAUUCUGUAGUUUGGAGUGCACUGCUUGGCUCAUGUAGGAAGCAUGGUGAGACACACUUGGCCAAGUUAGCAGCUGAUAGACUGAAAGAGUUGGAACCGAGAAACUCACUAGGCUAUAUACAAAUGUCAAACAUUUAUUGUUCUGGAGGUAGUUAUACUGAAGCAGGAGUAAUUAGGAAUGAAAUGGCAGGCUCUAGAGUAAGAAAGGAACCUGGUUUAAGCUGGAUUGAGAUUGGUAAUAGGGUACAUGAGUUUGCCUCUGGAGGCAGACGCCACCCUCAAAGACAGGCCAUAUGCACCAGGCUUGAUGUCCUGAUUGGGCAGUUAAAGGAGAUAGGCUACAUGCCAGAGACAAGCUCGGCAAUUCAUGAUAUUGAGGAGGAACAUAAAGAGGAGCAGUUGUACCAUCACAGUGAGAAGCUGGCUUUGGUGUUUGCUGUGAUGAAUGAAGAGAGUCAGAAUUGUGGGAGAAGUGUAUUAAAAAUCAUGAAGAAUAUUAGAAUAUGUGUCGACUGUCAUACCUUUAUGAAGUUAGCAUCAUAUCUUCUAUGUAAGGAGAUUGUUGUGAGAGACUCAAACCGCUUCCACCAAUUUAAAAAUGGUAUAUGCUCUUGUAGUGAUUAUUGGUAGCAAAUGGGGGCAGCAUAGAGAAAUCCUAUAUAAUAGCUUUCAACUGCUUCGGUUAUGGUUCAACAACUGUUAUGGCUGCUUUGAGUUCAUCCUUUACAUAUAGAGAAGAGGGUUGAAUAUGAGUUUCGGUGAUUGAUGUUAGAGUGAAGUGUGCUAUAGAUCUAAAAAGCAAUUGUGGCAGCAAAUAAAUUGUGGGUCCAACUAAAGCAAUUAUUUUGAUUAACCUGCAUAAAUGGCAGGCUGACAAUGAAGAACAUUCGUGAUUGUGUGGGUAAAACUUAGCUUCAUUGCUUGUGGAGCUGAAUGAGGCACAGAAACAACAUUGUCAAUUUUAUGACAUCUGACUCGUUGAACUGCAGCUAGUAGGAUACUUGGAAUACCGACUUUGAGAUCUGAUUGAGAGAUGAAAUGAUUUGAGGUUCAUGCAGGUUAAGACUGAACUUUCAAACAGUGGAAAUUAGCAGAUGUUGCUUGAUCAUGCAUUCACCUAUGAGCACCAAUCCACAGCAGUUCUUUGAGCCAGAUCUGGGAUAUAUGCAAUGAACCAUCAUGAGGAUUCAGAACUCAUUUCUUUCCAGCCUCUGCAUAUGCAGUAACUAAACUUAGUAAAUCCUAUAUUUAAAGUGCAGAGUUGAAAUGAGGCAUUGAAAUUCUGAAGACUGAAAAUGCAACGGCAGCAUCAAUUCACAUGUCUAGGUCUAUCUCUCUUCUCUAAUCUUGCUUUAGCUCUCUCUGUGUAGCUCUUGUAAUGAUGGCACUUAGCAACUGAUUCCGUGUUUGCCUAACUGGAAGUGAGAUUCCUAAAUGGUUAAGUCAUCAGAUCAGAGUCUGGGUUCUUUAGUUAUCAGUAAUCUGAUAGGAUUUGCUACUUGUGCUAUUUCAGAUUUCCACAUCCAGCUGCUCUUGUCCAAAUAAUUUUAGAAUACCUUACUAUCAUAGGCCAAAUAAUGUUCUACUUGCUUGUUUCUUUAUUACUAAUCAGUGUGAAUACCUUAUAAAUACUCUCACACGUGUCUCAUUCCCUAAUGGUAGCUUGGGCAAUAAAUGCACCCAGAUUGGGUCAGAUCACAUUUGGCUACUGUAAGCUUGCAUCUUGUCAAAGAUGAACUUAACCAUCUUAGGCCAUGUUUAGUUUGGAGGAUGAGGGAGGUUGGGAGCUGAUAAAACAUUUUCAAGAGUUGUUAUCAGCUGUUGGAUUUCAUCUAACAGUUCCAACAAUUCAUAACAAUAAUAGUUGAAUCAAAUAGUCCCUUACGCUAUCAUUUUAUCAUUGGUAUGGAUCUGGUCCGCAUAUACAUAUUCGGAAGAGUACUCUGCGCCUUGUAUAUGCAGAAGAUGUGAAAUGAGCAAAUAAAAUUAAUGGAGUAUACAGCAUAUUUUUGAAGUUUUAAACGAACUUAUAUUCAGAAACUUGCUUCUCUUCGGCUUACAUUUAGAAACUUGCUUUAUCAAUUGCUGAAAAUGAUCAUUAUUGCAUUCUUACUAGUUAAUCCGUCACAAAUGAUGGAGAUUGAGCAUUCACUUUCCGUUAUAAAUUUGUAAGAGUCUAAGUUUUCCAUCACAAAAAAAGAAGUGAUGCCUUUUAUGCUGACAGUCAGAAAUCAGUGGAAGUUUUUUUUGUAGUGUAGGAGCAGUCAUAUUAAGUUUGUUAAACUGUAAAUUCAGAUCAAUUUCAUAUUUUGGGUGCAGCUCUUGGAUCAGCUGUUAUUUUUGAAUUCCUGGUGGUACUUUGUCUUGGAAUAAUUCUUCUAUUUUUUACAUGCAUGUCUAUUGUCUUAUUUAGUUCCCUAUAUGUCAAAUGCGUGUCUCUGUUCUCUUUCAUCUGAAAAAUUUCAGAAUUUUGUUUUCUCAUAAUUUAUUUUAAUCAUAUGACUUCAUGUUCUGUAGUUGUUUCAGCAAUUUUCAGAUGAACAAGCCA